AGACAUUAUGCAGCGUCAAAAUCGCGUUUAAACAUAGGAAAACUCCUGAUAUCAAGAGGUGCCGACAUAAAUGCGAAAGACAAGGCAAAUCAAACCCCUUUACAUCGCGCUGCCACUACAGGGUCUGUGGGAUUCAUCCGACUACUGCUAGAUUCCUCUACAUCUACUACGAAGACACGACUUAACACACAAGAUCGAAUCGGUAAUACACCAUUGCAUCUCGCGAUGGAUUCCGCCCAUGCUGAAGCAGCAGUCGUUCUCAUUGAGGCUGGAGCCGACCGGAGCAGGUUAAAUCAAGACGGGGAAGCUGCAGAAGAUAUGGAUGGCGUUGGAGGUGUUGAGCAACGGCGUGCCAAGCAGCAUGUUGUGGACUCUUGCGGGAACCCGUGA